GACUGCCUGCAAACUGCAGUGCUGUCCUUUGGGAUAAAAGGCUCUUGAGAAAUGGAAGUUCUGACAAUUGCCCCCAAAAAAUCCCAUCUCGGUGUGUCAUGGGGCGGUGCUCAAAGUCACACACAUGCAGAGAGGGAUGUUUUCACAUCCCCUUUGGAGGGGAGUUUUCACAAGGGCCCAGCACUGACCCGCACAUCCUCAAGUUACAGAUGGAGGGAGGAAUGGGAUCAGAAAAACAGAGCUGGUUUGAAGUUCAGGUGAUGAAAAGUGGUAGGCUGCCCUUCAAAGACAGGAUUACCGGCUAGUGCUGCUUUAGUAGUUGGUGGGGGAAGAGCUUAAGGCCACAGCAUUGCUGAUUUAUCAACACAGCCAACACUGUGCAUGGUAUUUGAGUCGCUUCUAAAUCCAGCCGCUGGCAAUGAAAAGCACAUUUAAUCCAUGUGUUAGAUUGUUUGAAGAGGUAUCUGUCUCCUGGUCUCUCCCCAUGGUUGUGAUUGCUGAAAUUGAAAAUGAGGUGAGAGAGGAGAUUUUAACCGUUUCACAAACACUUCCCCUCUCGAGAGGGUCACGUCUCCAGUGGCAUCUUUAGCACCUGGGAGACUGUGAAAUGAAAGGCUCUUCCCCUUCCUGCUCCCUGCGGAGAGAAGCCCUGCUGCCUAUCCUGUGAUUGAGGAGCAAAAAUCAAAGACGGGAUUUGUAUUUAUACAGUUUAUUGUUUUGAACUGGUUUGGGGUUGGGGUUUUUUCCAUUUGUUCUCUUUGAUUUCUUUUUUUGUGUGUUUUGUUGUUGUUUUUUCCUUUUCUUCUCUUUUUUUUUUUUUUUUUUUCCUUGAGAUGGGAUUAAUGUUCUGCAUUAGGAGUUCCAGGAUUCAUUUGCACUAUCGGCUCUGAUCCCCACCACAAUAAGAUAAAAUACAGAAAUACAUCCCUUACUAAAGUAAUUUUCCUUGGUCUUUUUUCUUUGGUUCUCUACCGUGAAAGGGUAUUAUUGUUUAUCUAGUUCUCCCAAUGGUUAAUUCCUCUCUUAUUUGAUACCCUUACUCUCUAUCAGCAAGCAUGGCUGUGGGAAGAUACAAACAGGAGUGCAAAGAAUGUCAGUGCAAGAACAGAGGGUAGUCUUCAGAUCAAGUCUGAGUUGUACUCACAGAGUUGCACUUGGAAUAAAAGAGGGACAGUUAGACAGCAAGCUUAAGCUAUAUUUGCAGCUCUGACACACACAGAGCAAAUGAGUAAGAAUUAAAGAGCGUCAGUAAGUGGAUGGAGAGAAAACUCAGUGAAAAGGGCUAGAAGCUGCUCGAGAAUGAGAAUAAGGUACAUUGGUAAAACAUAGUCUGUUACAGGUAGGUAUGGAUGUAUUGGGCAAAACCUCGGGGCUCUGGGUUGGAAUAGCAGGUGUGUGGCAAGUCACAAGGGCUAUGUGUCAUGCUACCCGUGAGUCCCAGCACAUAACAAGUCCCACUGCUGUAGGACAAGUUGAUGGAUGCUCAACAGGCAGAGCUGCCUGUGGACUGCUGAUCAAUCUGCCCUGGUGCUGCAUAGCUCACCUCAGUCCUAUGAAUACCAAUUCAACUACAAUAUGCAGCAUGAAACGAGAGUGUGAACAGAAUCCAAGAGAAAGCAAGUGAAGAUCUUCCUUGUAGUUAGAAAUGAGAUGUAGGACGGGUUUUUUGCUGGCAAGGCAGACGUUGCUCAGGUGAAGAGCUGCUCCCAGUUGCUCCCUGGGACCAAACCUUGGUGUUGUUCCAUUGCCACCUACCAACAGCUCAGUCGGCAGCGGUGGCACUGACAAUUCAGUGACCUCAAAGACUUGUGGCUGGUCCCCAAUUGGACUGACUGUCCUGACCAAAUCUCCCAUUGUUGUUUUUCCUGUGAAAUUGUCUUUCCAGAAUGAUGUUUUUCCUUUUGAAUCCUUGAACUAUUUACUGUUGGUGCCAUCUCCAUGGCUCUAUCUGCAGUUUUUACCCUAUUUUUUUUUUUCUAAGUAUUUUCUCCUAGAUCUUAUUAAGUAGUUUGAGUCAGUUACACAGUUGUGCCUGGAUUACUGGUACACAGGCAGUUAAAUCCCUGGAUUGUGUGUCAAAGGCAAGCUUACAGCAGGGGUUACAGUAGCCCAUUAAUUUAAAAGUGACAGAAUUUUGGAGCUCACUCAUCACAUUGUUUUGGGGGGAUCUCAUCUCAGUUGUAACAGGACACUCAAGAAAUAGUUCCCUAACUUGAGUUGUUGGUACUGUUUCUUUUUUGGGUUUUCUGGUUAAAAAUAUUUUGGAUCAGGCAAGUUGGCACUUCUCUAGUCUUACAGUCUGGGAGAUUCUGUGGGAAGUGAAGCUAGGUGAAGCCUUUGACUUCAGGAUCAUAGUUUCCAGAUGAACCUAGUUUAGUAACCACUGAAGUUACUUCUGUACUGGAGCUGUGUGAUGGUCUUCACAAGCUGGGCUGUUGGAACAUCUCACAGCAGUGCCUUUGCUUAAUGUGGCACUGCCUCACUCUUUGUCUUGACACUGGCAGCCUCGCUGCUGGGCUGCAGGGAGCACGAGCCAGCCAUGGGAAACGAGUAACUCCCUUGAUCAUAGAAGUGGUCCUGCUGGGGUACAUCUGAGUUGCAUGUGCAGGAAGUGGUGAAGAAGCGAAGUUCAUGCUGUGACUUCCCGUGCCACAUGUGCUCUGCUGAUGAAAAGCAGGCUUUGGUUUGCAGGCUGUCUGGUAUGUUUCAGGCUCCUGAGUUAUGAACACAGAGGAAGGCUCUGCUCUGCCACCAAUACAGUAUGGAAGCCAUCGCCAAGUUUGAUUUCACUGCUUCUGGAGAGGAUGAGCUGAGUUUCCAAGCUGGGGAUAUCCUGAAGGUUUUGAGCUCCCAGGAAGAGUGGUACAAAGCUGAACUCCGAAGCCAAGAGGGCUAUGUUCCUAAGAACUUCAUUGAUUUCCAAGUUCCCCCCUGGUUUGAUGAGAAGAUAUCCCGCCACGAAGCUGAGAGCAUCCUCAUGAGCAAAGGAGUUGGUUCUUUCAUUGUCCGAGCCAGUCAGAACUCUCACGGUGACUUCUCCAUCUCUGUCAGGCAUGAAGAUGAUGUACAACACUUCAAAGUGAUGAGGGACUCAAAGGGAAACUAUUACUUGUGGACAGAGAAAUUCUACUCACUGAACAAGCUGGUAGACUACUACAGGACAAGUACUAUCUCCAGGCAGAAGCAGAUUCUCCUGAGGGACGACAGCCGAGAAGAGAAGGAAAGGCGUGGUGGGAGCCUGGAACGAAUGAGCCGGGAUGGACUCCAUGUAGGUGGAGCAGCUGGAGAAGCUCAUUCUUCUAUCUCCAAGAGAUAUGUGGACCAUCCUGUCCCCAUGUUGUACCAGCAACAGGAUAGGUACGGGGGGAGCCUGGACAGGAAGGAUGCACUGCAUGGACUAAGAUAUCAUAGCCAAGGAAGUGCAGCAGCUAUGCAACGGAGACACACGGACCCACUGCACCAGCAGACACCGCGAAUACUAUGGGUCCGUGCCUUGUACGACUUUGAUGCUGUGGAACAUGAUGAGCUAGGCUUUCGCAGUGGAGACAUCGUAGAAGUCCUAGACAGCUCCAACCCAUCAUGGUGGAAGGGACGUCUGCGUGGGGAACUGGGUCUCUUCCCUGCCAACUACGUCACACCGGUGCUACUGUGAGGCUGCAUUUGUGCCCCAGAGGUUCAUAUCUGAGCUGCUCGUUUGACAUGACAGGGACAGAGAAGGAGUGCAUCUUCCUUUGUCCCCAGGACAUUUGGUGGUUUGGGUUUUGUCUUAAUUUAUUGGCAAUUGAGCUUCCGAGACGCUGGUAAGAAAGAGAACCCUCUGAAGGAUUUUGUUUCCCUGUUUUGCAUGUUCAUGACUGAGAGGGGAGCAAGAAUCCUGGACUGUUGAUUGAAAUCUUGCUGGAUCCUCCCUGCCCAUCAUUCGUUUGUUUAAGUAUUGAUAACUUCCUGCAGUUGGGUUCGUUCAGUGGAAAUGGCACCUCAGAGAAAUCAGGCUUUGGUAUCUGGGUAGAACCUACCCCUUUUAUUUUGGAUCUGGUUGCAUUUAUAGUCCAUUCAAGCUCUGUUCCACCUUUCUUUCAGAGGUAGGACAAGUGCCCAGGUGAAUAAAAUGAUGACUGGUAAUCACAUUUCUUUUAGAUAGGGACGAAAAGUCCUUAGGCUGAGGCACAAGGCAACCAUGACUUUUCUAAAUAUUUUUUGGCUUCCACCUCUAGCACUUUCUGUGGGUUUAGACUCUGUGGAUACCAGGUGAAGGGGCGAAAUCCUGUUUUUGUACAAACAACCUGGUAAUGAAGAUAUGGGAGGUUGAGAAGCUAAUUUCAGUGCUUCUACAGACAGUAGAAGACAGUCUGUGGAAGCGCUACAGACAGUCCUGCUGUCCUGCACUUCUGUCUGCACCCUAUUGCAACAAUCUGUCUCAUUUUCAAGCUGCUUUCCAAGGUACCUGUGCAUCCUUGUAGAUGUCCUGGUUAUAGAGCAGAUCAAGCCCUUCAGCUAAAUGAAUAUCCUCUGGAUUGAAUAACAGUGGGCAAGCCUUACUGGUUCCUUUCUAAAACUGCACUGGGGAGGGGCUGGGAAGAAGAGGUUUUUCAGGUUUGGUGCCAGAAGUUCUGUCCCUGAGAAGGUGGGGUGUUCUGGAUCACUGAGUACACGGCUCUGACUUGCCAGUGGAAUGCCUCAUGCAAAUCAUUGAGCUGUUACUUUACAGUAUGCAGAGAAUAAAGUUGCGGCCAUUGAAUAGUCUGUUCUCUGUUCCAGUUUCUUUUAGAUGAAUUAAGGUAAAUGAAUAGGAUUUCAAAUCAUGGCUGAGUGAAUGCCAAGAUGUGAUACAAAUGUAUUGCAAACGAAUGUUAAAAAUGAUCCAAACCAUGACAAAGAGACACUGCCACAUAACCACUGCUCACGCAAGUUUAUAUUAAACAAGCUGCCUGAUUUUUUCACAACAUGUGGGACCUCAGCAGUCAGCAAGGAAGUGGUGAUUUAUCAUUCUUGGGAAAGAAAUAAAAGGCAAGUGAAAAAUUCUAAAAACAAA